AUGAUGCUGUUUGUAGUAGCAUCAGCGUUGAUCGCCCUUAGCCAGGUCGAUGCAGUGAAUGUGGCCACUUCGUACAGCGUGGUUCAUCACGAUCAACCCGCCGCUCAGCCGCGUCUGUUGCAGAAAGCGUCCCAUGUAUACGCCCCGGCUGCGCACAUCGUCACUUCCAGCCACACCUAUGGCCAUGCCGCCGCUCCGCACUACGCCCCACUGGUCAGCAAAACUCGCUACACCGUCCCAUUCCUGAGCGCCCUGCAGGCUCAACCGCAGUGUCCGGCACCGCCGACCUGCGUGAAGUCGCGCUACCGCACACUCGAUGGUUCGUGCAAUAACCUGCAGAACCCAACCUGGGGUACCCCGAACCGUCGUUACGGACGUCUGCUAACCCCGAAGUACGGUGAUGGUAUUUCCCUGCCAACGGUGUCCGUCACUGGACAGGAUCUGCCGAACUCGCGUGUCGUUUCGCUCGUUGCUUUCGGUGAACAGGACAUCCCGGAUCCGGAGUACACCCUCGGCAACAUGCAGUGGGGACAGAUCAUGACUCACGAUAUGAGCAUGCAGGCCGGUGGUACCCAGUCGAAGAAACACCCAACCAGAUGUUGUACCGAUGAAGGCAAGCUGAUCGGUAAGGAACGCGCUCCAAGCAGCUGUUACCCGAUUCUGGUGCCGGAACAUGACCCAGCUCACUCCCAGACGGAAACCGAAUGUAUCAACUUUGUCCGUACGCUCACCGACCGUGAAGACCAGUGCACGCCGACGCACCCGACUCAACCGGCCGAACAACUGACAACUGUCACGUCUUACCUCGAUCUGUCACUGGUGUACGGAAACUCGGACCAGCAGAACGCUGGACUGCGUGCAUUCACGGGUGGACGUAUGGCUGUGGUUGAACGUGAUGGAUAUGAAUGGCCACCGAACAACCCUAACGCCACUGCUGAGUGUGAGCUCGAAUCUCGUGACGAAGUGUGCUAUCUGGCUGGAGAUUCCCGUGUCAACCAGAACCCGGGCCUGACCAUCAUGCAGAUUGUUCUGCUGCGUGAGCACAACCGCAUCGCCGACCAGCUGCAGAAGUACAACCCCCACUGGGAUGAUGAGCUGCUGUUCCAGGAAGCCCGCCGUAUCAACGUGGCCCAGUACCAGCACAUCAACUACUACGAAUGGCUGCCGAUCUUCCUUGGCUGGGAGAACAUGGUCAAGAACCGACUGAUCUACCGCGUGAAGGGUGGCGAGUACAUCAACGACUACGACCCAAGCCAGGAUCCCUCGGUGCUGAACUCGCACGCUACGGCCGCCUUCCGUUACUUCCACUCGCAGAUUGAGGGACGUCUUGACUUGGUGUCUGAAAUCCGCAAGCCUACCGGAUCGCUGCGACUGAGCGAUUGGUUCAACCGUCCCUCGAUCAUUGAAGCCGGCGAUAACUACGACUUCCUGACGCGUGGUCUUGCUACCCAGCCUGAGGAGCUCACCGACACCAACUUCGACGCCGAGAUCAAGCACUUCCUGUUCCGUCGUGGACGUCCAUUCGGUGGAGAUCUGCGCGCCAUCGACAUCCAGCGCAACCGUGACCACGGUCUGGCCGGCUAUAACGAUUACCGCGAGUUCUGUGGAUUCAAACGCGCCUCCACCUGGGAAGAUCUGAUGGAUCUGAUUUCGCCACAGGACGUUUCGAAGCUGCAGUCGCUGUACGCUAGCAUUGAUGAUAUUGAUCUAACUGUCGGUGGAUCUCUGGAGGCUCACGUCAACGGAGCCCUGGCCGGUCCGACGUUCCUGUGCAUCCUGACGGAGCAGUUCUACCGCACCCGUGUUGCCGAUCGGUUCUUCUACGAGCGUGGCGAUAAGGAUCUGGCUUUCACCCGCGAACAGCUUGCCGAACUGCGCAAGGCCAGCAUGGCCCGCCUGUUCUGCGACAACGGCAACCACGUCACGUCGAUGCAACCGAAGGCGUUCCUGCGAAUUUCGCACAGCAACCAGGUCGUCCCGUGCUCGCAGCUGCCCGAGGUCGAUCUGUCCCUGUGGAAGGACCUCUCGUACGAUAACAGCCUCAACUCGUUCCACUAUUUCCACAACUACAAGAAAUAGGGAGCCAACGUGGGGCGAAUAGACGCAUGAAUGUUGUUCCGUAGCACAAACAUACACACAUACACCGAUUUUCAUUUCCCACUUUUUGCAGCACGUGCUCACGCCUCGUUUGACGCAGAAUCGUGUAUGAGUUUGUUACAUUGUUUGGUCCCUUACGCCCUCUUCCUAUCCACCACACUCGGGCGAGUGGCACCGUAGCUGCUUGCGCGAGAUCGGCACGCUUUUUGUGUGAUGUAUGCAUGUAACGAAUCCCUUCCAAAUAGCGCACAUACAGCAGGUCCUUGCGGCUUUAACUCACGCCCCUGAAUUUCUACUAGCAUAUGUGCACGCUCCAACCCAUUUCCCUCCAUCAGGACAUUCGCACCAUGCAUCGCUGUUCGUUUUCCGGAGUGAUCGCCAUGAUGCUGGCUUUCCUGCAACCUCACGAUACGUCCUAAACCAAACACUCGAUUGCCAGUGUAAAUAAGGAUCGCACUAAAGGAACAUCGGAUUCGUUUGUAUUUUAUUUUGCCAUAUCCGUUCACCCGGACCAUCUCGGUUAUACCGGUCCGGGAUAGCAUGCAUUGCAAUAACCGACGCGUUUUCACCAUCAUAUUGUUUUUGUUUUGUUUCGCUUUCAACGAUCAUCCAUAUCAACGUGACGCAAUAGCUUCAAAUUCGAUACCAAGCAUUCGUAAACCGCCUCCUACUCCUGACGAAAAAAAUACCCCCGAAACAUUGUACUAUCAUCCAAGCUAUCCUCCUGUUAGUAUAGUGGUAAAACGAAAUAGUGUUAUUUAAAAACAAAUGAAAUUAUAUUAGCUGUAGCUGUAUGUUUUUUUGUGAAUAAAGUUUCCUAACUUAAA